UUUUUUGAGUUUGGGCAAGGACACAGGGGCCCCUUGAUCCCCUAUUGCCCGGGGGCUCCAUGAGUUGUCAGUCCGCCCCUGUGACCAACUUUGCUUUUUUGAGUUUGGGCAAAGACACAGGGGCCCCAUGAUCCCCUAUUGCACGGGGGCCCCAUGAGUUGUCAGUCCGCCCCUGGUAAUACAUGGAAUAUAAUAUCAUGUGAUAUAUGUAGGUAUGUAGUACAUGAACGAAUGCAGCUACAUAUAAGGGUAGCAAGAGAUGAGCAGGGGCGGACUGACCAUUUAGGCACUUGGGCACUGCCCAAGGGCCCAGGGUCAGUAGGGGGCCCCAUGAGAUGCCCCUGGUACCUUUCAUAGGCUUUUUUAGGUGUGGUUUGAGUGUGGGCGAUAAUACAGGGGCCCCAU